AUGAGUGGACCGAGGCGUUCUGUCCUUCUGGGGCUGGUGCUCUUGCUGGUGACAUUGGUACCGUGCCGAGGGAGAACUGAAUCUCAAGAAAUCACAGACAGACAGACUCUUUUAAACCUCAUCAUGGAAAUCAUUCAGGAACUUAAAAAAUACCACUUAGGGGAAUACAAGAAAUUGCAGUUUUUCAGCAAACAUGACUAUACUUUGGGCCGUAGGGAGGUCACUGACUACGGAGUUUAUCCCGAGGAGCAAAGAGUUGAAAUUGUUCCUCGAGAUCUAAGGAUGAAGGACAAGUUUUUAAAACAUCUUACAGGUCCUCUUUAUUUUAGCCCAAAGUGUAGCAAACACUUUCAUAGACUUUAUCACAACACCAGAGACUGCACCAUUCCUGCAUACUAUAAAAGAUGUGCCAGGCUUCUUACUCGGUUGGCCGUGAGUCCAAUGUGCAUGGAAGGAUAAGUGAGCAGUAAAGGAGCAACCUACCAAGAAAACCAUGAGAAGUGCCUUGGAAACCAACAGGGAAAAGAACUUAAUAUCUUUAUAAACAUACUCCCUUGUGUAACAAGAGAUUUAUUUUUGCAGACAGACUCUUCCAUAAUUCCUUUUGAGUUUUUGUUGACACUGUUGGCAGAUAAAUAUUUGGUAUAUUGGUAUACCUGACAGUGAUA